AGUGGAGUGAGUUGACACGUAACCAACUCAAAAUCCACCAAAACCUCUACCACACAAACACCACUUUCCCAAUUUCCAAGUUCCAUCCACACAAAAAAACAAAUAAAAAAGAAGAACAUAUCAUCCUUUCCUCCUCCUUCAUUUCAGCUUUCACUGCCAAUCACCAAAAGCUGCAAACUUUGUUUUCAAAAAUCUAAUUUUCCUCCCUUCAAGGCUCCAGCUUAUAGUCUACCUGUAUCUUUGCUUUGGCAAGGCAACGAUGGCGUCUGCUGCUCAGGCCAUGAUUGCAGCAAACACAUUGACUUGCACAUUUCCUAGCCGGGGAAGCAGACGCAGCUUCUUCCUCAAGAGAUACCAAAAACCUAAUCAUCAUCUCCUCACUGUCAGAGCUUCUUCAGAAGACGAAGACUGCAAUGUUGAAGAAUGCGCUCCUGAGAAGGAGAUUGGAAAGGUCAGUGUGGAGUGGCUAGCUGAGGAAAAGACUAAAGUGGUUGGUACAUUUCCUCCUCGAAACCGGGGUUGGACUGGAUAUGUUGAGAAGGACACUGCUGGGCAGACAAACAUAUACUCUGUUGAGCCUGCAGUUUAUGUGGCUGAAAGUGCAAUAAGUUCAGGAGCUGCAGGUUCUUCUUCUGAUGGAGCCGAGAACACAGCAGCGAUUUAUGCAGGGAUCGCCCUUGUCUCUGUUGCUGCAGCUUCGUCGAUACUCCUUCAAGUUGGUAAGAAUUCACCACCUCGGGUGCAGGCUGUAGAAUACAAUGGACCAUCACUUACUUAUUACAUAAACAAGUUUAAGCCACAAGAGAUUAUUCAAGCCUCAGCUCCCAGUGAGUCUGAAUCAUCUUCAUCAGUUCAGCAAGAAACCUCCGAUGCACCGACCACAAUUCAGGUCGAAUCCCAACUUCAGCUACAACCUUCCUCGUUGGAUUCGAGCAAUGUCUCUUAGGAUGCAACGUUGGUUUACCACUUCAAGAUCUGUAGAAAAACUUGCUGGGAAAAUAUUUUCUUUGAAAUCAUUAAUGUACUCAGAUUUUAUGAUUUAGCUGUGUUCACAUUGCAGUUGUAGAGAUGUAUAUGAGUAUUUCACAUAUUCAUCUUUUUGACGAUAAAGAUGUAAAGCGUUCUAUAUUACAUGAAAAAAGGAGAGAAGCUUUUGAUUA